UGCACGGUAAAAAACCUUUUCUUGAUAUAAAAUUUUGUAUUGCUUUAAUUUCGUUUCUUUAAUUUGACCAUAAUAACAUUUAAUUCAAAGAUUAUUUUUUAUUUUAAGAGAUCUAGUUUAUUUAACAGUAAAGUAUUAUUUCUUUAGUUAAAUUUUUUUAAUGUAAAGCAAUAUCGUAAAAGUAAACAUACAUGUCGUUAGUUGAAAUGUAGGAAAAAUUUAAAGAGAACCUUUUUGAAUGAUAACGUCAAAAUAAUCCUAUGUUCGGCUUGAAGCUUUUAUUUGUGGAAAAAUAAUAGUGGAUUUGUUUUAAAGAUACAUUAUGUUUAAUCCGAAAGGGAGAGUCUAAAACUAAAGAAACACUCGUUUUCUUUGUUCAUUAUUUGGCUACAUUUAAAUGUAUUAAAUACUUAAGACAAGCAUUUCUUUAUUUGAACUUAUGCUUAUAUUUUUCAUUUAAUGCGUGCUUCUUUAUAAGCAGAAUAUUAAACGUGCAAAUUGCAGUUGCAAACCCACUGAAUAUACAGGAAUACGCCAUAACUGUCCAGUGUCUUGUCAUGUUCGUAUAGCGGUAUCAGUUCAGUAUAUCCCGUGAAUUUGCAGUUUUUAGUUUCUUUAAUAGUGCUACUGGAUGAAGUGAAAAUGUAUGCUGAUGUUGAAAGUUUACUCGAGGAUUGGGGACUGCCUCAAUUAAUUGAAACCUUUAAAAACAACGACAUAGAUCUCUCAAACUUCUUUUUAUUAGAAGAAUCUUUAAUAAAGGAACUUAUUCCCAGCAUUGGGAUCAGGGCAAAGUUUUUAUCUCUAUUUAAAAGAGCAAAAGAACUGGAGAAUUCUAGUAUUGUAGUCCACGAAGUAGUCCAGGCGGUUGACGACGAAACAUCAAAUCUUAUCCAGGCGAACAUGGAGUUUGAGUCAAACUCAGAAAAUAGGGAGAGAAACGAGCAAUACUUUAUCAUACCCCAACAACAUCGGCCGGCUGCUGAAAUCGGACUCGAAAACAUGCUUAAAAAAAUUCAACUACCGGAAUUUGAUCUAAAAACUCUUUUAUGUACCAGCGUAUUUGGAUCAGAAAUUUUGGAAUAUUACAAUAAAAAUAAAUUUUUGGAUAUGAAACGGAGAAACAAAUUAACAGAAAUAAUUAUUAAGCACGUUUUUGAUUAUGUUGCAAAAUAUCGACUAACACCAGAGGAUUACAAUGUCCUAGCAUCAAAAAUAAUAACGCUUUUCCCAAAGGAAACUGCUAGUACUUACUAUGUUCCAGCCAUUCGCAAGAGAGACUCUAUAACUCGCAAACCUAUACUGGCACGCGGUAAAUUGGUAGACAAAUGUCGAAACCUUUUACAUGACUGUGGACCGAGUGUCAUUAUUAGGAAAAGGAAAAGUAGUUAUUUGGAUGAAGAUGACAGUUAUGGUCACACUAAAGAAAGGCAAAUAGUGUUAGAAAGUGAUGAGCUAAAAAAUGAUAUGAUAUGGCUGCAAAAUAGGCAUGAGCCCUGGGAUGAAGUUCUGACAAAGUGGAAGAAUACGUACGGGCUUCGGAAAUUAUCGACUGCAGCGACUGUCAGAGAGUUCUUUGAAGAAUGGCCAAUUUUAAAAAAAGACAAUUCAGAGGUUUUGAUUAACUUGGAUUUUGAAAGAGAGUAUCCACAAUCAACUCUGAAGCUCAUUUUGGACUGGGAGAGCGCGUUUCAAAAAAUUUUUGAAUAUAAAAGUCUUACAAUAAAAGAUAAAUUUUGUGAGGAACUAAUUACACUUUUAAACAGCGAGGGCAUUACGGAAGAUAGUACAUUUGCCGCACAAAUCAGUAUAUUAGCGUAUUUAGUACCUCCUAAAGGCAAAAUUAAUUUGGGUAGCAAGAAUUUGUGGAAAUUUUCAUCUGCAGAAGCAGUCAAUUCUAUUAUAUGCCAUGCUAAGAUUCCCGGUGACGUAGAUGAGAUUAUCAGGAAAAACAAGGAAACCGCGGCCAUUAAAAAACAGACCGUCCAACCUUACAUGAUAGUGGAAGGGCCUUCAUUAAAACAACUUAACAAUUUUUAUAUAGUUGUGGACGAAUUAAGGUACCAGACAAAAUCUGCGAAACAAGCCUUUGAUAAUGUUUUCAAAUUAUUUUUUGUAACAAACGCGAAAUAUCCUGCCCCCGCAGAACAUAUUUACCUAAUUAUUCAGAAGGGCAUUUAUCAUAUAAAUACUCGUCAAGAUAAUAUCAUUCCAUAUAUUAUGGACAUACUGGAACUUUUAAAAAAAGAUUAACUCUGUGUCGAUAGCACAAGAUCUCUUAAAUACUAUU